AUGUCUUCAACUAGUUUUACACAUCCUCCACCACCAGUUUUUAAUGGUGAACACUAUCAUAUUUGGGUAGUCAAAAUGAAGACCUACCUACAAGCUUAUGACUUAUGGGAGGUUGUGAAUGCAGAUGUAGAACCACCACCAUUGAGAGCCAAUCUAACGAUAGCACAGAUCAAACAGCAUAGUGAUAAUCGUGCUAAGAAAUUCAAGGUGAUGUCAUGUCUUCAGAAUGGUGUUUCUAAUGUGAUUUUCACUAGAAUCAUAGCCUGUGAGACUCCAAAACAAGUUUGGGAUAAGUUGAAGGAAGAGUUUCACGGUAUAGGCAAGACAAGGCAUCAACAAAUUAUCAAUUUGUGGAGGGACUUUGAGAACUUGAAGAUGAAAGAGUUUGAUAUUGUCAAACAAUAUUUUGACAUAAUCAUGGUUGUUGUAAACAACAUAAGGUUACUUGGAGAUCAGUUUCCUAAUAUCAGGGCAGUCGAGAAGGUGAUCACUUGA